UUAUUUUCUGCCAGCCGUAGGGUAGCACAACACGGAAGGGAUGACUAAUAUCCAGCCUCCUCUCCCUUCCGACGUUUCUCCUCCUAACCCUCUGGACCUUACAGACACUGGUUGGCGGAAACAUUUCUAUUAAUAAUUGGAAAAUUAAGACAAUUUUUAUGCAUUUAAAAUCAAAUUUUUACUCAUACUGCUUACAACAACUUUAAAUCUUUAAAAUUUUUAAAUUAUGCAACAUGACCAAUUCCUCUUGAUUAUCUCAGUAUUGCUUACCAUCUUGAUCAGAAUAUCAACAGCAAUAAACCAGAUAGACUAUGGACACCCUUUAUAUGAGCUACAACUUGGUCAACCAGCAGAUAAGGAGAUAUACCAUCUUCAAAGGGAUGUUGUGGAAGGUGUGGCUAAUAUCCAACCUCCUCCUCCUCCAGACGUGUCUUCCCUCACAUUUGUUUUUGAUGCGACUGGCUCAAUGAAUGAUGAUCUAAAUCAAGUUCGGCAUGGUGCUAAAGGAAUUUUUGAAACUGUAAUGAAACAGAGGAAGAAGCUGAUCUACAAUUUUAUUUUGGUUCUUUUUCAUGAUCCAGGCAGGCUAAUAAUAUUUCUCGAUCCAUUCAUUACAACAGAUCCUGAUCUUUUUCAACAACAAUUGGCAUCAGUUUCUGUACAGGGUGGUGGGGACUGUCCAGAAAUGGCUCUUUCUGGCAUUAAGAAAGCGCUUGAAGUUUCAUUGCCAGGAUCUUAUAUUUAUGUAUUCACUGAUGCGCGAUCCAAAGAUUUUCAUCUUGAAAGUGCCGUACUCAACCUUAUACAGGAGAAACAAAGCUCAGUUGUCUUUGUAAUGACUGGUGAUUGUGGAAAUCGUUCAGCCCCUGGGUACAAAGUUUUUGAAAGAAUAGCAGCCGCAAGUUUUGGACAAGUUUUUCACCUGGAAAAAUCACAUGUCAAUACUGUUCUCGAGUAUGUACGUCAUUCUGUAGCACGACGUAAAGUUCACAUACUUUAUGAAGUUCGUGAACAUGGCCAAACGCACACUAGGUGGAUAAUUAUGAUAUUAUUUUUGCUUACUAUUAAAUGUAGCCUCGUCCCGAUUGAUACUUCAUUUUCUGAGUUGGUAGUAUCAUUGGCUGGAGUUCGAGAUGAUACUGAUCUGAUGGACAUUGAAUUGGUUGAUCCACACAAUAGACGAAUUGACAAGUACGAACAUGAUGAUGGCACAAUCAAUCUGAAAAACAUAAAGCUAAUCCGGCUACUUUCACCCGUGCCAGGCAUUUGGCGAGUCAGAACCAGCAGCAGAUUAAAGCAUACUUUACUAAUUUUUGGGCAUGGAGAUAUUGACUUCAAAUAUGGUUUCGCCGCUCAACCAGUUUCUUCCAUAGAUUUAACCCAUCCUCGUCCCGUAGCUGGUCAACCAACUUAUUUACUUAUUAAAAUGACUGGCCUGAGACCGCCAGGUGCUUUGGAGCAUGUAUCACUUGUUGACUACAGUGGAAAUGAACUUUAUCGAAACGAGUCUCGUCUAUAUCCAGGGGAUGGUUCUUAUCUCCAUUUAGUUGGGCCUUUAAUUCCACCAAAAAUUUUCUUUUUUGUGCGUAACUACGAUUUUCUACGAAUAACUCCUACAGCAAUUGCUGCUGUAGAUGUUGUUGGCCCUAGAGCUUACAUGGCUGAAAGGUUCACCGCAAAUGCAUAUAAUGCUAUAAAUCUUACUUGUUCAAUUGAAUCACGAGUGCCAUUUACUGUACAUUGGCUUUUUGGGAGUAGAACAAUCGGUGGUCCUCUUUUUUAUGAACAUACAGAUACCUCAACGUGGACAAUAGAUUCAGUUACUCCUGCUCACCGUGGCUAUUAUACUUGUUUGGUAGUUAGUUCUUUAGGCAAUCAUUCUGUCUCGACUUUUCUUGAAUCAAAAGAAUUGCCACCUGAUAUAGUCUCAAUGCGAAAUGUGUCAGUUAUGCUUCAUGAGACUGCAUUUUUACAUUGCAUAACACAAAGUAUAGAACGACCACGCAUUAACUGGAUGCAUAAUCACAGUUUAAAUGUUGGAAAUUCCGCGAAAACUUAUACCUAUGAUAACGGCACUUUGCGUAUUCACGAUGCCACUUUUGAUGAUGUCGGUAUUUACUCAUGCUUUGCCCGAACCUCAGGAGGCCAAAGCGAAGAAACUGCAUGGUUGACUGUUAUGCAACCUCCAAGUGUACGAGUAGAACCGCGAGAAUUAUAUAGCGUUGAAGGUACUACUUUUACUUUGAAAUGCAUUACAACAGGCGUGCCGAAGCCAGAAGUUGCGUGGUUCUUCAGAGGUUCCCCAAUAUUUUCUGAUCCAAAAUUCUACAUUAGCCAAAGAGAUGAAUUAAUUGUCAGUGAUGUGGAAGACGAGGAUGAAGGUUCCUAUUCGUGCCAAGCAAAAAAUUUAGCUGGAAAUGCCAUUGCUUCUGCUUACGUUCAAAUUGCUGUUCCACCAACCAUUCAUGUCUCACAAAAUAAACAAAUGAUAACAAAAGAUGAUUCAAUUAUUCUUGAUUGCCAAGAUGGACGACAACUAUUUAACGACCGUUAUAUACAAAUUCAAGAAGGUGGACGGUUGACUAUUCCUCGUGCAGAUAUUUCGGAUGCUGGGACUUAUGCUUGUAAAGCUGAGAAUAUUGCUGGAUCAGCAAUUAAACCACUAACUCUUGGUGUUGGAAGCCCUCCAACAAUUUUGCCUAGUCCGGAGACUGUUUAUGUUCAGAUUGGACAAACAGCAACACUUAACUGCAGAGUUGAUGGAAACCCAAAACCACAAAUCCAAUGGCUUAAAAAUGGUUCUCCCAUUGAUGCAUUGAUAGAAGAACAACUAAGAUAUUCUCAUUUGCCUGAUGACAGUCUUCACAUCAGAGGAGCAUCAUUAUCCGAUCAGUCGACGUUUACUUGUAUAGUUAGAAAUCAAUUUGGAGAACAAAGAAAGCGCACAAAUUUGGUUAUUACUGGAUUGGUGAGCCCUGUUCUUGCCAGUUUGCCUUCAAAAAUGGAACUUGUCGAAGGAAGGGAUUUGCAAAUUAAUUGUGUUGUCCUACUUGGUAAUCCUCGUCCUGAAAUUGAAUGGUUUAAGGUCUCUAAAUUUUUAAAAGACAAAAUUUCAAAGCAUUUUGGUUCAUUUAAGGAUGGACAACCACUUUCCAAAGCUAUAUCGAAAGAGCAUGUAAUCUUUCUCCGCGAUGGAUCAUUAUUGCUUAAAAAUGGUUCUGAUGCACACAAAGGAACGUAUACGUGUAAAGCUAAUAGUGCUGCGGGAAAUGCUUUACAAGAUGUUAAUGUACAGUUGAUAAUGAAACCAAGAAUGCUUCAAACAGAUAUUGAAGAUGUACUAGUGGCCAUUGAUGGUGCUCAGCUUGAAAUACCAUGUCCUGUGCUAGUUCCUGAGGGGCAAGUUAGGCCUAAAGUGCUUUGGGCACAUGAUUCCCAGCCGUUAAAUGUUAAUACACCCGAAUAUAUUGUUCUGCCGAAUCUCAGCCUGAGAAUUCUGAGGGUUAGUUCUGCACAUAUUGGCCGUUACACAUGUACAGCUGUGAAUGAGGCUGGAAAACUGGAAAAAACUACGCUUGUUUUAGCUCCUCCCAAGGUGGGGAAUGAUGCCAUGCUUGAAGUGAUGCAAGGAGAGGUUCUUCCAAUGAACUGUGAUUUGCAGAACCCUGGGGAAUCUACAACAAUUACCUGGCUUUUUAACAAUUCUACUAAUCUUCCUAUAAAUGUAUCAAUCCAAUCUGACGGGGCUUGGUUGCAUAUUGUUGAUGCCCAAAUUGCUAAUCAUCAGGGAACCUAUACUUGUUUGGUUGAAAAUUCUGUAGGAAAAGCUAGAAGGGAAUUUAAUGUGAAUAUUCUUGAACCACCUCGAUUCAUUGAUACGACUAAUACAAAAUAUUUGUUACUCGAGGGCCAGACUAUAAUGCUGGAUUGUACAUUAAAGGGAGCACCUUGGCCUAAAAUUGUUUGGAAAAAGAACAAUAAACCAUUAGAACUUGAUGAUUCGUUGAAUGAUUUGAGAGAUGAUGCCGAACCUUUGUAUCAACUUAUAGACAAUGAUCAGAUUCUUCACAUUUCUGAAGUAGAUGUACGUCAUGCUGGUCGAUAUUCAUGCCUUGCCGAAAGUCGUGCAGGUCGUGCUGAAAAGGACAUCAGUGUAUCACUCCUAACAUCCCCGGUAAUGGCAUUGGAUCGAACAAACAUCGAAAUGAUUGAGAAUGAAAGUCAUACCUUGGAUUGCCCAUUAGAAAAUGAUGGCGGAUCUACAACCGAAUUACAUUGGACUAAGGACGAAAUGCCUAUUGGUCAGGCCAUUGAACAGCAAUCUCAAUCGCAGUCUCAUAUCCAAGUAUCAGUCUCCCAAUAUCAUUCUUAUACCAAAUUACAGCGUUCCAUGUCUGGAAAGAAACUUCAUUUGAUGAAAGCUCAACGAAUGGAUUCUGGGGCUUAUAAAUGCAUAGCUAAAAAUGCUGCUGGUUUAGCCGAAGCUAUUAUUAAUGUUCUAGUUCUUGUUCCUCCAAGAAUUGAGGAUCCACAUGGCUAUCGUACUUUAGAAGCUCUUGUUAAUGAUAGUGUUCAGAUAGAUUGUAUUGCUAGUGGGGUUCCCACUCCAAAGAUUGAAUGGUCUCAUAACGGUCGAAGUCUCUCAUCUGAAGAUUCUGCUAGCUUAUAUUUUGAAAAUGGAAGAUCUAAACUUCAUAUACUUUCGGUGGAACCAAAAAAUGCUGGAAUAUAUUCAUGUACUGCAACAAAUAAAGCCGGAAAUUCUGAUAUGGAUAUCUUUCUGGAUGUGAUUGGACCACCUACAAUUCGAGCACCAGCUACAGAACUAAACGUGAUUGAGGGAUCUGAGCAGCGUUUGGAAUGUGUUGUUGGAGGUCAUCCUUCACCUCGUGUUGAAUGGCGCAAAUCUGGAAGUAGUGAUAACGAUCCUCUUGCUGUUCAGCAACAGCAACAAGAGGAGGAUAAACAUACUGAGGAACAUGCCAUUUUCACUGAACACUCAUACUUUCUUCAUAUUCAUUCCGCCGGACAGCAACAUGCCGGUCGCUAUACUUGUAUUGCUAAGAACAAAGGUGGAGAAGAUCGCCUGGCCAUACAAUUGAACGUUUUGGUUCCUCCAAGCAUAGAUGAAGGCGAACGUUUGCUUCGUGUAAUCGAAGGAGGCACAGCCUCAUUUGAAUGCCCAGCCAAAGGAUCACCUACUCCCAAAAUUCUCUGGAGAAGGAUGCCUCUUGGAACUGUACUAAAUUCAGAGGAUGAGAAUGUACAGCUUGAAGGCAUUGGAGUGAAUCGGAACAUUCUUUUGAUCAAAGCUUUAAAACCAGAAGAUGCUGGAAGGUAUAUGUGUGAAGCUUCAAACGAAGCUGGAAAUGCAACUGCCGAAUUUAUGCUAGAGAUAUUACGUCGACCUAUUCUGUUUGCCAACCCAUCCAAUUUACUGUUGCGGGUGCUCGAAGGUGCUCAAGCCAAAUUUGAAUGUCAGGCGAAUGGAAAUCCAGAACCCAGUGUUUCCUGGCUCCGUGCAGGUCGCCCAAUUGGUGAAGAAACAAGUAGUUCAAAUAAUAAUCUGAUUUUCUCACCUCGAGGUGAUAGCUUGAUGCUUGUUAAGGCAAGAAGAAGUGACUCCGGUGAAUAUACAUGCCGAUUGAACAAUAGCGUUGGAGAAGCUGAGGCUACAUUUACUCUUACUGUACUUGUUCCACCUCACAUCAAUGAGACUUUGGAUCAGAAUCCUCGAGCGUUAAGAAACCAAGAAAUUCGAUUAAAUUGUCCAGGAUUUCCAACCCCAACAGUGCAAUGGUUGAAAGAUGGAAAGCAAAUACACUUUACUGAACGGAUAAUUCGUGGAAAAAUUCCUGAUUAUCAAAAUGAUCUUUGGCUAGAGGCUGUAAACGCGAAUGAUGCAGGCCGUUAUACAUGCCAAGCAGUUAAUGAAGUUGGUCAAUUAAAUACGGAUUUUGAAUUGGAAGUGAUCGCACCGCCAGAAUUUGCCUCUGAAGGCAAACGAAACUUUGAGGUUAUUGAAGGUGAUUCUGUUACUUUGGUCUGUCCAGUGGAAGCGAAUCCAUUCCCAGGAAUCACCUGGUUGCAUGGAGCUGAUCCAAUUGACACCAAAAAUGCUUAUUUCUCUGAUGAUAAAAAGAAUUUGACAUUACUUCAUGUUUCUUUAUCAGAUGGAGGAAAAUACAUUUGCAAUGCAACCAAUGAGGCAGGAAAUUCAGAAUUGGAUUUACAACUUCGCGUUUUUGUCCCUCCUAAAAUUGAUAAAUCAAACCUCGUAGCAAGCCCUUUAGCAAUUCUUGGAAAGGAUAUGUUUCUGGAGUGUCCUGCUUCUGGCACUCCUCAACCUUAUGUAUUGUGGCAUAAGGACGAACGGCAAAUUACACAACUGGCACAAAAAUAUUUACUAAAAGAUACGAAUCAAACUUUGUCGAUUAAAAACAUUAUCCCCGAAGAUCAGGGUUUAUAUACCUGUAUAGUACAAAAUGAGGAAGUCCUGUUACCCCCAGAAAUGGAAGAAGAAACUGCUAAACCUGGCGAUGGUAGAGUACCUGGACCACCACUUUCCAAACAGGAAGGUGAACAAUUAGAAUUGGAAUGCCCCUUGAAAAUUAAAUCGGCAUCUUUACUUAAACAAAUCACCGAGUCUUUGACGGAAGAGGAAAUUUGGAGAAGGAUGGAAGAGGAUUUUGAUGAUGGAAGACGACUAAGAAUUGCAUGGUCAAAAGAUGGAAGGCCUUUAGAGCCAGGAUUAAAUGCUAAUAUUGAGAUAAGCGAAUAUCCGGGUAAGCGAUUGCAGCUUCAUACAACUUCUAUAUCUGACUCAGGCGAAUACAAAUGCAUAGCUUCGAACAGAGCAGGGCAAUCUUAUGUCAAGUUUCUUGUUGAAAUUCUUUGUAUGCUCUUCUAUUUUUUAUUACAAAUCUCCCCUCUGCAUUUAAUUAACUAUGGAAACCCUCCUCCAACCAUUCGAUGGUUUUUAAAUGGAGUAGAUAUUGCAAAAAAUAAAAAUUUUCGCACACGUUAUCGUCUACUUGAUCAAGGUCACGGUCUUGAGCUUCAGCCAACAACUCAAGAUGAUAUAGGCCUUUGGACUUGCCAGGCAGAAAACGCGGCUGGAUCAAGCGUUGCAAAUAUAAGCUUGGAUGUUUGGGUUGUGCCGACUACAAAAAUGCAGGUUGAAGAUUCAAACCCAAUGAAACCAUUGGGUUCAUCACUCACCCUCCUUUGUGCUGUAAAUGGAAAUCCGGAACCUGUUAUUCAUUGGUCUCUUCGAGGCCAAACAAUUAUACCCUCACCCGGUCGAUUAACAAUUUCAGAUGGUGGACAACGAUUGGAGAUUCUUAAUUUACGAAGUGAGGAUGCUGGCGAAUAUCGAUGCGAGGCUCAGAACGAAGUGGGUGACUCGUCGGAUAGCAUUAAAAUUGAUAUACUUGGUAAUACUUUGAGAGAAUAUUUGAUUAACCAUUACCUUAUUUUCAAUAAAGUGCCACCCAAAAUCGACAAGGAAGCCGUUGAGUUAAAUCCUCGACUUCCCCUUGGACGUUCUUUUACACUUUUUUGUGAUGUUAAAGCCAAACCUGAAGCCAAAAUUACUUGGACAUUUAAUGGAAUAUCAUUGGAAAAUGGAGGGGGCUUACCAUUCUUAUCUAUUGAUAAUGGAAAAAGAAAGUUCCUUCAAAUUGACAAUAUUUCUUUGCUUCAUCGAGGUAUUUAUCGUUGCAAUGCUUUUAAUGCAGCUGGAAAUGACAGUAUUGAAUAUAAGAUUGAUGUCUUCGACCCUCCCAAAAUUGAAUUGAGAGGGGGAACAACUCAAGUACUCGAAAAUCAUGAUGUUGUUUUAGCAUGCAAUGCUUCUGGUGAACCACCACCUGUUAUUGCUUGGCAAAGGAAUGGCGUUCUUGUCGAGACUGGUGCCAGAUACUCAGUGGAAAAUUCCUUUCUUAAAGUUGUUGAUGUGCGCAGUUCAGAUUCUGGUAUUUAUGUUUGUGUGGCAACAAAUGAGGCUGGCACUGAUCAGCAAGCAUUUACGCUGGAAGUGCUUGUUUUGCCUAAAGUAUCUUUGCCUUCUCAACUGCCAACUCAGUUAUCUGUUCCUCUAGGUGGGAAUAUCACUUUGGGACCUUGCAAAGGUCAGGGAUAUCCGCCACCGCAUCUAUUGUGGAGUAUUGCUGACAAAAACAAGAAUGACGACUUUGUACCAAUUAAUUCAUCAACUAUGGCUUUCAGAAAGGAAGAUUACAAAAUAAUUAAUAACGAUUCAAAUACAACUUCUUCGCUUUAUCUACUCAAUGUUAAGGAACAAAAAGACAAUAGCCUUCAGUUUCGUUGUUCAGCUACAAAUUCUGCUGGAGCUUCACAUAUAGAGUUCAAUGUUAGCAUCAUUGUACCGCCUGUACUCGUUGAUAAUAAUAAUGCCGCAGCUAGGGAACUUCGCAUUAUUGAGGGUCAAUUAAUUAAUAUUCCUUGUGGAGUGAGAUUGACUGGUCAAAACGAUAAUAUCCAAUGGACGCAUAAUGGGAAAUCUAUGGAAAUUAAUCAAAGACUGCAACAAAAUAAUGAAGUUGAACCCCUAAUAAUUAAAAAUAUUACCCUCAAAGCGGCUGGCAAUUACACAUGUUCUGUUAGAAAUUCGGCAGGAAGUGUGAAUUCUACAGUAAGAGUUGUUGUUGGAAUACCUCCGAAAGUUGACAAAAAUAAUGGAAUUAGAGUUGCUGUCUCUCGUGGUAACACAGCUCAGCUACAUUGUGAAGCAUUUGGCUUUCCACCGCCAAAGAUACAUUGGUUAAGAGAUCAAAUGCCGUUAAAUAAAUAUAUGCCAACUGCUGUUACGGGCUCAGAACAGUCUACGAGUGGAGUAGUUGUUUCAGAAAAUAAACGAACUGCUACUGCAAUCCUUCACGAUAUUAAGAUUGAACAUGCUGGUUUUUAUAAUUGUAAAGCUGAAAAUUGGGCUGGUAUUGAUAACAAAACUGUAGAAUUAGUUGUUCUUAUUCGACCAAUGAUACUACCAGAGCGAGAUCAAAUACGUGUGGAAAGUGGUGAUAUAGCUAUAAUCACUUGUAAUUCUUCCGGAACUCCCAAACCAACCAUUUCAUGGCAGAAAAUCUCUGACCCACAAAAAGAUAUUGUUGCCGACUUGAAAAGUAUGGGGAAUUUCCAAUCACAAAUAUUUAUUUUUACAGAAUACUUCAUCUCCGAUGAUGGAAAUUCAUUAACAAUUCUUAAUGUAGGAAAAGAUGAUCAUGGUAUCUAUCGUUGCAUUGCCAAAAAUGAAGCAGGUCAAGCUAUUGGCAUUCGCAAAAUUGACGUUAAACUAUCCCAAGGCGAGAGAAGUGUUAACACUAAAAGGGAUCGCAUUUAUGUUGAAUGCGAUGAGAAUGGAGUGCCAAUAAAAAGCACAUAUGUAAAAGCCCGUGGUGAUCGUCCCCAACAGUCCAAUGAUCCUUACAUUCAUUGGACUGAAGAAUCUGAUGUGGAUGCUUUAUUAUUGAAUGGCACUGAUGGUUUAAUGACUUUAUGCAUGCCAAAAAUGGAUGAUGAAAGCAAUGUUAUGAACCGAGAGACUAGGAGAGUGUCUCCCUUACCUUCUGCAAAUCUUUCAUGCUCAAGCAGCAAUUGCCAAUACAAAUGCCAGGAUCUGGCCAAUGGCACAUCCAAAUGUAUUUGUCCAGAUGGUUAUUCUCUAAGUGAAGAUGGACGCUGUUUGGAUUUGGAUGAAUGUAAAAAUGAUAUAUAUCCAUGUGUUUCUGAUCAGCUUUGUUUUAACAAACUUGGCACUUUCUCUUGUAUUAAUAACCUCUGCCCUCCAAAAUUUCAUUUAGACAAAACAAACCAACAAUGCUUGCCAUCAUGUCAAAAUUGUACAGAAUUGCCAAUACGUCUUUACAUGUUGGGAUUACCCAAAGGAGUUGCUGUCAAUACUGCUUUGCUUCGACUAAGUGCCCACGAUAAGAAUGGGCGUUUGCUUAAACGAACAAAAUUUAAUAUUCGUGCCGAAAGCAAUUCCUUCAGUACGAAUGCAUUGAACGAUCAAAACUCUAUUUCAUAUCGACCAGAAAGAUUUCACUUUGGCAUUACAGCUGAAAAUGAUGGUCGAGCAACCCUACAUUCUCGAAGGCUUUUAUUGCCUGGUUCCGAAUUUCUUUUGUCUAUUCAAUCUACUAGCAGCAAUGAUACAAGCGAUAAGGAACUAAAAUCGACUGAGUUAGGGAAAUGGGUGGCUAAUUACAUGGUGCUUAUUGCAGUUUCCGAAAAUUUGUUUUAAUUAUUUUUAAAUUUUAUUGUUGUUUUAUUUUUCUAAUUUAAUUUUUUAAUCAUUUUUACAGUUUAUAUUAGUUAGUUUACAUUGUUAGCCUUCUCCUCUCAUCAUUUUUACUCCCAUACUCCCAGUGUUUUAAUAAUAUUUGUUUAAUUAUCAAAUUUAAAUUUGUGUACAACACACAUAUUUUCCUAACUAUAAGUGAUUUGUUUGUAUAA